AUGGCCCGUGAUCCCACGUUUGAUUAUGCUGUGUCGCUUCUACCUAACGAUUUGCUCCAGAAUGACGUGAUUCUUCCCAAAUUAACCGAGGAAAACUUGAAACUUUCCAGCUAUCAUCAUUCAGGAAGAUCGUCGUUUUCGGAGCUGGAUGAUGACGUUUUCAGCUUGCAAAAAAGUGUUCCUGAGGCUCAUUCGACCGAAUCCAGCGAUAGCGGCCAUGCCAAGAAACACGAUCAUUCUAGGCGCAAGCACAAGAGCACCACUAAUACCCAGCUUUACAAGACUGAAUUGUGUGCUUCGUAUAUGAAAAUGGGUGUAUGUCCAUACGGAGGAAAAUGUCAAUUUGCUCAUGGAACAGAAGAGCUCAAGCAAGUAUCACGUCCUCCCAAAUGGAGAUCGAAACCUUGUGUGAACUGGGCCAAGUAUGGAGCAUGCCGGUACGGCAACCGGUGCUGUUUCAAGCACGAAUAA